AUGAUCAGAGAUGGACUUAAGCUAAGAGACGUAAAAGUGGAAAAAGUGGAAAGAAAGCAAUCAAAUGGUCCCCGUCCAGUUGGAAACAACAAAUUUGAUAUAGACGGUUAUACAUUCUAUGGACAUAACAGACUGACUAAGCAUCAUAAAGCGAAGCGUGGCUCGGGUGGAGUUGGAAUAUUUGUAAAAAGUAGUAUUGAAGAGAAAUAUAAGGUUAACAUUUUAGAUAAAACCGCCAAAGGCAUUCUUUGGCUUAAAUUCGAUAAUGAACAGGAAACUUUUUGUGUAUGUGUGUGUUAUUUACCACCAAAAGGCUCAAGCCGCUCAAACGACCCUGAACAGUUUUAUGUAGAUCUUACUAAUCAGGUAUAUAUGUAUCAGAACAUUGGACAAAUGUAUAUAGUAGGUGAUUUCAACUCAAGAUGCUCAGACAUUUCAGAUUUCAUUGAAGGAGUUGAUGAUGUAACACCAAGAGAGGUGAUUGAUUAUAGUUCAAAUACGAAUGGUGAUUUAUUAAUAGAUUUCCUAGUCGACUGUAAUUUAUGCAUGCUCAAUGGAAGAAAAGGAAAACAAGAUUUUACGUGUAUAUCGAAACGAGGUAAAUCAGUGGUCGACUUCAUAAUAACAACCCAUGAAAACAUUCAUAUGUGCACUGACUUUGAUGUUAAAAUCAUGUCUGAUAUUACCAACGAAUUAGAAUUGCAAGACAUGAACCAAAUACCUGACCACUCGGUACUUACAGUUUCUAUCAAGAGAGAAUCGGCUAAUCAACAAGAUAAAACACCACUAGCGUCUUACUCCGAUAUUCAAAAACUUCCUAGUAAACCGAGAUCUCGGACCAUACCAAACGAAUUUUUAAAUGACGAUACGGUACGAGUAAAAAUAGAACAAGUCAUUCAAAACAUCGAAAAUAAUUUAACUGUGAAACAAGACGUCGAUGCUGCCUACGGUUGUUUUGUUGAACUUAUUUCUGAUGAAGUGAAAUCCAAGAUAGGUGAAAAAUCAGAAGGAGAUAACCAAUACAGGAAGGCAAAAGGAAAAUCAAGAUACAAACCAUAUUGGAACGAUAAUCUCAAAUUACUGUGGGAUAAAACCUGCGAACACGAAAAAGUAUGGCUGAAAUGGAAAGGAUGUGGUACCAAAAAGAAACGUGUGCGAGAACAAUUUCUUACAUCGAGAAAUGCGUUCGAUAAACUUUUGAGGAAAGAAAAACGAAGUUAUCAAUUGCGACAACAACAAGAGUUACUGAAUCUUUCGACAGAGAACAACACAAGAGACUUUUGGAAGAAAAUUGGUAAAUUAGGAAUAGCGAAUGACAGGCGUUCUUCAGAAGGUAAUGUGUGUAAAGAUAUUAAAACAGUAUAUGACACAUGGAAAUGCAAGUAUGAGCAUUUAUUCAAUGUAACUGAUAGUAAGUACGACGAAGACUUGCUAUGUACUGUCCAACAUCAACUAGAAAAUGAAAUAAUAAAUCUUUCAGGAAAGGAUUCAGAAAUCUUAAAUAAUGAUGUUUCGUAUGAUGACGUUGGGAAGGCUGUUUAUCGAGCAAAACUUAAUAAAGCCGGCGGGCUCGACCAAAUAUGUGCCGAAUUUCUUCGUAACAACUCGUGUGUGAAUAUUCUAUUCAAGAUCAUAAAGUUUGCAUUUGACAAUGGAGUUGUGCCUGCGACAUGGAACAACAUACUCAUUAAUCCAAUAUUAAAACCAGACAAAGAUUAUCGUGAUCCUUUAGGUUAUCGAGGGAUAGCUCUGAUGUCAAUUCCCUGUAAGAUAUAUGCAGAUAUUCUUAACACACGUUUAUCAUCCUGGUUAGAAGAAAAUAACAUCUUAGCCGAUGAACAAAACGGCUUUAGAAAAGAUCGUGGUUGCAUUGAACAUUUAUAUUCUCUAACAAGUAUUAUAACUAAUAGAAAAAUCGAAAGACUAUCAACGUUUGCUUGUUUCAUCGAUGCCAAAAAGCCUUUGAUUCUGUAA